AUGACGGAGGUUGUAAGCCUGUGGGAAAGCGUAUCGGAUGACGAGUCGCAGGAAAAAGGCAGCAUGGAGUUACAGAGCACACCGGACUCCGACGAGAGCUCACGAGUGCAAAGUCUAGUGUCCUUUGUGGGCUCGUGUUCCAUCAACUUAUUCUUGCCUUUUCUCAACGGCAUGAUGCUCGGGUUCGGCGAGUUGUUUGCUCACGAGCUGUGCUGGAGGUUCAACUGGUUCAACCAUAGAAACAAAGGAUACAAGGUCUACCCUGAAUCGCGCAAAGUGGCAGCCAUGGAAGAGAUUUCAAGCCCUGCCGCUCGUGGAAGACUUGCAACCAAGUUCCUCUGA